CAAAUGGCUUUGCUCUACGCGUGGAUCCGCAAGUCCGGUCAUUUACCAAUUUCACAUUUUCUCGCACUUUUUUUAUAGUCGCAGUAAGAAAAAUUUUUCUUGCGCCCCAAUUCAACUCCUCAGUUUCUCUUCUUCGGUCCCCUUCAUUUCUAUACUUUUUUACAAAAAGAAAAAUUGAGCAUGACCGCUUCGGAUGUUAUUUUCAUGGACGGCGAGGCCGUUUCCCAGGUCGAGGAGCUUGCUCGCUACAUUGCGCAGGUGAAGUCGAUUUCGGAUGCCGAUUCGUUUGUCAACCAGCUGAAGGAGGCCUCGAUUGCCGAGCUGCUGAAGGAGGCGUGCAACGGCACUCUGGCGGCAUCGCCGGAGGCCAAGCUCGAGGCAGUCUACAACCAGCUCUUUGCUAUUGUCCUGACACAGUCGGCGGGCCCCGAGGAGGUCGACACGUACGUCCGCGAAAUUGUUGCCGAUCUCACGGAGAAUGUCCAGAGUGGAGCUGCGGUCCUGAAGGUGCUCAACAACCUGUACAACCUGCUGCCGGCGACUGCCAUUCGCGCGUCUGUGUUCAAGGGCAUCGUCGCGGUUGCUGGAAAGACAAACCUGUUGGCUACUCUGCUGCCGCUCAUCUCCCGGCUGCCUACGCUGUUUGGCGAGUGGAGCAUUGAGUCUGAGGCGAAGAUCGAGCUCUUGCUGAGCAUCCGUGAUUCUCUCGAGGCUGCCGGCCUCAACAGCGAGGCGUACGAGACCGAGCUGGUGUUCCUGGAGACGGUCAGCGAGUCGCCGGAGAAGCUGGCGCAGAUUGCCUCGUCUGCUAUCGUGCACUAUGUCAACAUCAGCGCCGUGUGCGACCUUGAUGCCCUGGCCAACCUGCCGCAGGUGCAGGAGCUCAACAAGGGCGGUAAGCUCGGUGACGCCGGAUCUCUGCUGGACACGCUGCUGUCGAGCGACUUCAAGGGCUGGAAGGCGUACGUUGAGGCUAACAAGGCGCAGCUCGAGGCCCUGGGUGUUGAUAUCGAGAAGGCCAGCGACAAAAUGCGCCUGCUCACAGUUGCGUCGAUUGCGGCUGACAACCUGGGCCAGGAUGUGCCGUUCAGCACCGUCGCUGAGGCCAUCGAGGUCGAUGCCGACGAGGUCGAGGUGUGGAUCAUUGAUGUCAUUCGGGCUGGUCUGAUCCAGGGCAAGAUGAACCAGGUUACGAGCACGGUUCUGCCGACGCGGUCGACGUACCGCAAGUUCGGCCAGGAGCAGUGGGCGGUGCUUGCCGAGCGCCUUGCCCAGUGGAAGGCGUCUCUGGAGAAGCUGCAGCCGGUCAUCAGCAACGCCAAGCUACUUGCUCAGCAGCAGGCUGUGCAGAUGGCGGGCCAGGCCAAGGUCACCAUCGAGAAGUAAACUUGAAAAUUAAUGGUUUUAUACGACUCAAUUGCACACAAAAGAAUUCAAACACCACUUUUGCC